UUUUGCAUUUUUGUGAAAAUUAUAAAUUUUCAUUUAAAAAACUAAAUAUAACGCAAGAAAUUUAAUAAAAUAUUAAAAUCUAGUGAAAGAUUAAUGUAAUUUAAAAAGAAUUUCCCAAAAAUUUUUGAAAAAUAAACACAAAAAUAGUAUUAAAGUGGUGGUUGUGUGUGCGUGCUACAAAGUGUAUAACACGAAAAUUUUUGCAGAAAAAUAUUUUUUUUAAAUAGAAUAUUUACAAGUUUGAACAAUAAGAAAAAGUAAAAAAAUGACUUCGCCUUCACCGGCGAAUAGUCCCAUGCCCCCGCCACAGGCUCCGAGCCCCAUGGGACCGCCAUCUCAAAGUCCGGCACCGUCACCCUCACCACAUAGCCCGUAUCCGCAUCCAGGGCCACAGCAGGGCCCUGGUGGUCCGCCCGGCCAAGGAGUACCCUCGGGACCGCCAGGUUCACAAGGUCAUCAAGGUCCACCUCAUGGACCGCCUCAUAUGCAAGGACCACCGCCAGGAGCCGGUCAACAUGGUCCACCACCUCCUGGUCAUCCAGGAGCGCCCUAUGGUCAUCCUAUGCAACAUGGACCGCCACACGGUCCCCCUCAUGGUGGUCCUCAGCAUGGCCCCAUGCCAACACAGCAACAUGGCGUGGUCACACAGCAUGGACCACCACCACCCGGUCAGCAUGGCCCUCCUGGACAACAGGGAGUCCCACCAACAGGACCUCCAAUGGGUCAUGGACCACCACCGCAUGGUGGACCACCUCAUGGUAUGCCCCAACAACAACCUGGAUCACAAGGUGGUCCACCGCCACAUUUGAAUGGACCUCCAGGCCAGGGGCCACCAGGUCCCCAGGGACAUCAUAUGCCUCCACAUCAUCAAGGCAUGGGUCCUCACAUGAGUAUGCAAAUGCCUCCGCAAGGACCCAAUAUGCCACCAAUGGGUUUUCAAACACAUGGCAUGCCACCCAAUGGCCCCCCAUCUGUUCCAGGCCAAGGUCCACCUGGUCCUCCCGAACGUGCUGGACAAGAAAACUUACAUGCUUUGCAACGUGCUAUUGACACAAUGGAAGAGAAAGGUCUGCAAGAGGAUCCUCGAUACACUCAACUUCUCGCCAUACGCGCCACCUCGAAACAUCAGCACUUAACCAGCAAUCAAAUAAAUAUGUUGAGAACACAAAUAACAGCAUAUCGUCUGUUGGCACGCAAUAAACCAAUUUCCAUGCAAAUGCAACAAGCAUUUCAACAGGCAGCCCAACAACAACAGCAGCAACAGGGGCCACCUGGACCAACUAUACCAGGACACCCAGGUGUACCCGGACCAGCACCAGGACCUCCGGGACCACAGCAGCCUGGUCAGACGGGCACACCACCGCAAUGCCCAACACCGCCAGCAUCGCCCUAUGGUCAGCCACCGGGAGCGGGCAAAAUGCAACCACCACCCCAUGUGCAACAGCAAAUGCCACCUGGACAAAUUGGACAGAUAGGUGGUCCACAACCUGGACCUACACCUAUACCGCAAGAUAUGCAUCAAAUGGCCAAUGGCGGUAAACCACCAGGACCUCCCAUGAUGGGUGGUGGACAGCCACCUAUUUCAUCUCCCAUGCCCGCGACCAUGGCAGGUCAAGGUAUACGGCCUCCAGGACCCGCUGGCAUGCCUCCACAAGUUGUCCCCAAGCAGGGAGCACCUCCACCACAACAGCCCAUGCCCAAACCAAAUCGCAUUACAACAGUGGCCAAACCACAAGGUUUGGAUCCCAUAGUUUUGUUGCAGGAAAGAGAAAAUCGUAUUGCUUCUCGUAUCGCUUUACGUAUGCAGGAACUACAGCGUUUACCCACCACUAUGCCGGAAGAUCUAAGGCUACAGGCGGCUAUAGAGUUGAGAGCAUUACGAGUGCUAAACUUUCAAAGACAAUUGAGAACUGAAAUAGUCCAAUGCACCAGACGUGAUACUACGCUAGAAACGGCUGUAAAUAUUAAAGCCUACAAGAGAACUAAAAGACAAGGUUUGCGCGAAGCUCGUGCAACAGAGAAACUGGAGAAACAACAAAAACUGGAAGCGGAACGUAAACGCAGACAAAAACAUCAAGAAUUUCUGGCGGCCGUUUUGCAACAUGGCAAAGAUUUCAAGGAAUAUCAUCGUAACAAUAAGGCUCAAUUGGCCAGAAUGAAUAAGGCCAUUAUGAACCAUCACGCCAAUGCAGAGCGUGAACAAAAGAAGGAACAAGAACGCAUAGAAAAGGAACGUAUGCGUCGUUUGAUGGCCGAGGAUGAAGAGGGUUAUCGUAAACUUAUCGAUCAAAAGAAGGAUAAACGUUUGGCAUUCCUACUCUCGCAAACCGAUGAAUACAUUGGCAAUCUCACUCAGAUGGUGAAGCAACACAAAGACGAUCAAAUGAAGAAAAAGGACGAAGAACACAAACGUUUGCUGCAAUACAAGAAGGAGUUGUUAAUGAGUGGCGAAUACAUAAAUAUCGAUGACAGCAGUGUAGCGGCUGAUUUGCAUGUCGCCGUUAUGGAACAAAGCACUGGCAAGAAAUUGACCGGAGAGGAUGGUCCUGUGCUAAAAAAUUUGCAUAGAUGGCUGGAACAACAUCCCGGCUGGGAUUGGAUGGAAGAUGAUGAUAACUGCAACAACGAAGAGGAAGACGCUAAGCUCAAAGAACAAAAGGAAAGAGAAGAGGAGGGACUAGCGAAAAUGAAAGAGGAAGGAGAAAAGAAUGAUGAAAACGCCAUGAAUGAAGAUCCUUCCGGAUUUUUGAAAACGGUUAAAGUAGAAGAUGAUGAGUACCGCACAGAGGAACAAACCUAUUACAGUAUUGCCCACACUGUACAUGAAAAGGUCCAUGAACAGGCCAGUAUUAUGGUUAAUGGUCAAUUGAAAGAGUACCAGUUGAAGGGUUUGGAAUGGUUGGUGUCUUUGUAUAACAAUAACUUAAAUGGCAUCUUGGCCGAUGAAAUGGGUUUGGGAAAAACUAUUCAAACCAUUUCGUUGGUAACGUAUUUAAUGGAUCGCAAGAAGGUUAUGGGUCCAUUUUUGAUUAUUGUGCCCCUCUCUACUUUGCCUAAUUGGGUUUUGGAAUUUGAAAAAUGGGCUCCUUCGGUGGCUGUUGUCAGCUAUAAGGGUUCUCCCCAGGGUCGCAGACUCUUGCAAAAUCAAAUGCGCGCCACUAAAUUUAAUGUUUUACUCACCACGUAUGAAUAUGUUAUAAAAGAUAAAGCGGUGUUGGCCAAGAUCCAGUGGAAAUACAUGAUUAUUGAUGAAGGUCAUCGUAUGAAAAAUCAUCACUGCAAACUUACACAGGUUUUGAAUACUCACUAUAUAGCUCCCUAUCGUUUACUGUUGACCGGUACUCCAUUGCAAAACAAGCUGCCCGAGCUGUGGGCUCUAUUGAAUUUCUUGUUACCCUCAAUUUUCAAAUCGUGCUCCACAUUUGAGCAAUGGUUUAACGCUCCCUUCGCCACUACCGGUGAGAAGGUCGAACUAAAUGAAGAAGAAACUAUUUUGAUUAUCCGACGUUUGCACAAGGUAUUGCGUCCCUUCUUGCUGAGACGUCUGAAAAAGGAAGUCGAACAUCAAUUGCCCGACAAAGUGGAAUACAUCAUCAAGUGCGACAUGUCUGGCUUGCAGAGAGUGCUCUACAAACAUAUGCAAAGCAAGGGAGUACUACUUACCGAUGGCUCAGAGAAAGGUAAACAUGGCAAGGGUGGUGCCAAGGCUCUUAUGAACACCAUUGUGCAAUUGCGUAAACUUUGCAAUCAUCCAUUUAUGUUCCAACAUAUUGAAGAGAAAUUCAGCGAACACACCGGUGUUCAUGGUAUGGUUUCCGGACCCGAUCUUUACAGAGUGUCGGGCAAAUUUGAACUGCUAGAUCGUAUCUUACCCAAACUCAAAGCCAGCAAUCAUAGAGUUUUGCUUUUCUGUCAAAUGACGCAAUGCAUGACAAUUAUCGAGGACUACUUGGGCUGGCGCCAAUUUGGUUACUUACGUUUGGAUGGUACCACCAAAGCCGAAGAUCGUGGUGAACUUUUGAGGAAAUUCAAUGCCAAGGAUUCAGACUACUUUGUCUUUUUGCUGUCAACUCGAGCGGGUGGUUUGGGUUUGAAUUUACAAACAGCCGAUACUGUGGUGAUUUUCGAUUCCGAUUGGAAUCCCCAUCAGGAUUUACAAGCUCAAGAUCGUGCCCAUCGUAUUGGCCAGCGUAAUGAGGUGCGUGUCUUGCGUCUUAUGACAGUAAAUUCUGUAGAAGAGCGUAUUUUGGCGGCGGCACGUUACAAGCUGAAUAUGGACGAAAAGGUUAUUCAGGCGGGUAUGUUCGAUCAAAAGUCAACGGGCAGUGAGCGUCAGCAAUUCUUGCAGACUAUCCUACAUGCUGACGAUGCCGAUGAGGAAGAAGAAAAUGAGGUGCCCGACGAUGAAAUGGUCAAUAUGAUGAUUGCGCGUAGUGAAGAUGAAAUUGAGUUGUUCAAACAGAUGGACAUUGAUCGUAAGAAAGAGGAUGAGCGUAUACAUCCGGGCAGAGAACGUUUAAUAGAUGAAUCUGAAUUGCCCGAUUGGUUGACCAAGGAUGAUGAUGAAGUAGAACGUUGGCACACCUAUGAGGAGGAUAUUAUUUUGGGUCGCGGUUCCCGUCAGCGCAAGGAAGUCGAUUAUACCGAUAGUCUUACCGAAAAGGAACUACUACGAGCCAUUGAUGAUGGCGCUGAAUUUGAAGACGAAGAAGAUGAGGAAGAAGCUAAACGCAAGCGACGUAAACGUAAAAACCGUAAAGAUGAUUCCGAUGAUGAAUCUGUGGUUGGCCAAUCGAUUAAACGCAGACGUCGUCAAAAUAUCGAUAAAAAACUUAAGAAACAAAUGGUUAAAAUAAUGUCCACUGUUAUUAAAUACACCCAUGAAGAUGGUCGCAUCAUAUCGGAACCUUUUAUGAAGCUACCUUCCAGGCAACGUUUGCCAGAUUAUUAUGAAAUUAUUAAGCGGCCGGUAGACAUAAAGAAAAUCCUCCAACGUAUAGAAGAUUGUAAAUAUGCGGAUUUGGAUGAUUUACAAAAGGAUUUUGUGCAACUUUGUCAAAAUGCUCAAAUCUAUAAUGAGGAGAAUUCUUUAAUCUAUUUAGACUCCAUAGAAUUGGAGAAGGUAUUUGUGAAUGCCAAACAACGCAUACAGGCACAAUCUUCACAAAAUUCCUCGACCACCGGCGAAGGUGGCAAUCUAUCGGAUAAUUCGGAUAACGAUGAUAAUUCCGGACAAGAUAAUUCAGAUGAUGAAGAGAUUGCCUCGACAUCAGCGGCCGCCGUUAAAAUGAAAUUAAAACUUAACAAAACCAUCGCUAGCACACCAUCCACCCCUACUCCCUCAGCAUCAUCAGCCGCACCACCAGUAAGUGCAUCGACCAGUAAAAAGCAAACAAGACGUAAACGUUCUCAAAAGAAAUAUACCAUAUCGGACGAUGAUGACGACGAUAUGGAUUAGCUACCACUUGGAGUGGUAUUCUCUUUGCAACAGCAGCAAACUCAUAAUGAAUAAAAAAGAUGCUUAGGAGGAAUGAUACACAAAAAAAACAUUCUCUAUAAACAAUUUUAAACUUUGGUUUUUCGGUUUGAUUUAGUUGUUAAUAUUUUUGCUUGUCCUUAUUUUUUUAAUCAUAUUUAUUCUUAUAAUUGGUUUAAAAUUUUAUCCACUCUAUAGAUUUUGUAAAAUUUUGUUCAAUAAUUUGCUUUUAAUCAGUUUUUUUUUUAAGUAUGUCUUUUGUUUCGAAACACAUAUACGUAUUUCUUUUAGUUUACAUUUAUUAUAGACGCAAAUAAAAAUAUAAUAUAUAAGAUAUACAAUUUGCAAAAGAUAAAAAUACAAAUUUGCUAUUCUUCAUAAUUAGAUUUAAAAAAAAAUUAAAAUUGAAAAUGUAAUUCAAAAUUAUUCUAACAUACAUUUAUUAAAAAAAAAAAAUAUUCAAUAUAAAAUAAAAAUCCAUACAUAAAAUAA